AAUGUGCUUCCUUUUGUCACUAUUCGUUAUCUAUCUGUCUUCACACUGACUUCAAAUCAUUUUUAUACAUAUCAAGUGAUCAUAUCAUAUGUACCUAAUUACCUCUGCGAUUCAGAAUCAGUAGUCAGGGAAGGUUUCUUGCAGAGAAAAGAACUGUUUUGAAACCAUAAACCUCCAAAUCCUUGCUUCUCCCAGAUUCAAAGACUCUUUCCUGCAUGAGAUAUGGAUACUGUAGUAGUCAUCACCCAAGAACCAGUGUUUACAAAGACAAGUGUGGAAGAACCUCAUGCAGGAGUACUACUUGACCACUCAACCAUGGACGUAGACAAAGUAAACCUGAGUACGGUUCUUGCUGAGGUUGUAAAUGGUUCAGGGAAUAAAGAAACAGAAGAAUCAAAACACGAAAAAGAAGAAGUGAUGAAGACUAUUUCGGUUAGUAAGAUCGUCAAAGAGAAAGCAAGUGAGACAGAAACGGAUGAACCCAAAAACACAGACGAUGCGAACAUAAUCUUAACUGAUGUGACUUUAGAGAAGGGUAAAGAAGAUGAAACUACCCAAAAACCAGAAGAGGUAAGUGUUGAAAAUCCGGUGAUAGAAGAAGGUCAAACAGAAACCAAGAACUCAAAAGAACAAGAGAAGUACAUCUCUAAGGCCAUUGAAGAGAUACCGAUAAAGACUGAUGAAGUAACAGAAGAAAAAGAUUCAAUAACUAUUGAGACCGCUGUAAAUGGAACAGAGGCUGAGCACAAUGAAACAGUUUCAGUAGAAGAAAUCUCGAGGAACCUCGGUGAAAACAUUGUCAAAGAAACAGCUCCGGAACAAGAUGUUGAAACUACAGAAAGAGUCCUUGUUGAAGCAGAAAAAGAUGAAACUGAGACUGUAAAUACAGUUGUAAAAGACCCUGAGAUCGGUAAUAAUGAAGAAACUACAGUUCAUGACCUGAAAGAGAAUGAAGACACAGUGGAAGCAAUCAAGAACUCAGAUGAGGUGACUGGAGACAAAGAAAAGGAAGAUGACAUCAUCCACAAAGAAGAAGAGGUGCAAGAAAGUCUUACGGUUGUCGAAACGCCUACAAUAGAGAUAAAGGACACUGAAUCCAAAGCUUCAAAGGAGAAUGAGGAACAUGAACAAGUGUUGGUGAGAGACAUACCACAAGACGAUACCCUUGUACUUACAGAUGAGACUGUAAAUACUUCAACAGUACAAGAAUCUGCAAUCUUGAAGACUUUGGAGAAGAAGAGUGAUGAAACAGAUGCAGAACCGGGUCCUGACCUGAAAGAGGAAGAAGAGACCGUCACGCCAUCUGAUGAGGUGCAAGAAACUAUUAACGUAGUAAUCGAACCGCCAAAACCCUCACCAGAACAAAGAUCCAAAGGUACUGAAGAAGAUGAACAUGUUUUGGGUAGAAACAUGCCACAGGGCGAAGCUGAGUCUCUGGUGACCAAAGAAGACACAGAGCAAGAGAAAACAGACAAGUUUGAAGUUCCAGUAGAUCUUGCAUUGAAGGUAGAUAGAGAGGAGCUGAUGGAUGAGAAGAAAGAGGCAGAUCAAGCUGCUGGAGCGCAGACUAUGGAGAGAGGUCUAGCAUUGAAUGAGUCAGAGGCAGAGGAAACCCCAGUUGUAAAGCAUGCGGAUGUAGAAUCAGGUGAGCUGAUGGAGAAGCCAUCUCUUGAGUCUCCUUCUAAAGUAUCAGAGGAAACAAGAAAAACCUUAGAUGACAAGAUCAAAGAAAAACCAGAAGAGGAAGAAGAAGAAGUAGCACCACAUCAAGAAGACCAAGAGGAAGGUUGUUAUGGAUCAGAGACAGUUCCAGUACCAGAAAGUAUUGAGGUUAAAGAAAAAGCCCAAGAAGAAAGGCUUCUUGAUCUGGCUCCUUUGCAAGAUGAAGAAGUUAAAUCUGAUGAAGUUAUACAAGUUUCAUCUGGAUCACCUGAAGGAGAGACACUUGUUGAAUCCAAAAAGAUUGAAGUAAUAAAAGCCAAUGAGGAAGAAGAAGAAGAAGAAGAAGAAGAAGAAGAAGAAGACGUACCAGACAAGAUUCAUGAAUCUAUAAGCUUGAAAGAUGAUUCAGACCCAGUGGAAGCAAUCAAAAGCUCAGAUGAUGCAGAGCAAGCCUCACGUGACUUGACUGGAGACGGAGAAAAGGAAGAGGACAUCACCAUCCACAAAGCACUAGAGCUGCAAGAAAGUCUUACGGUUGUCGAAACGCCGACAAUUCAGGGUGAGGACAUUGAAUUGAAAGCUUCAAAGGAUAUUGAGGAACAUGAACAUGUGUUGGUGAGAGACAUACCACAAGAGGAGACCCUUGUUCCUAAAGCUGAGACUGUAGAUACUUCAAUAGUACAUGAGUCAUCAGAACCAAGUCUUGACCUGAAAGAGCAAGAAGAAACGGUAAAGACUGUCACACCAUCUGAUGAGGUGCAAGAAAGUGUUACGUUUAUGGAACCGCCAAAACUCUCACAAGAACAAAUAUCUAAAGAUACUGAAGAAGGUGAACAUGUUUUGGGGAGUAGCAUGCCACAGGUUGAUAUCAUUCCAUCAGAUCUUGCGGUAAAGGUAGAUAAAGAGGAGGUUAUGGAUGAGAAGAAAGAGGCAGAUGAAGUUGCUGGAGGUCAGAAUAUGGAGAGAGGUCUAGAAUUGAAUGAGUCAGAGGCAGAGCUUGUUGAUCAAAACAUAACCGAUGAAACAGAGAAAAGGUUGGUUGAGAAGCCAUAUAUUGAGUCUCCUUCAGAGGCAACAAGCAAAACCUUAGACGAGAUGAUCCAAGAAAAACCAGAAGCAGAAGUAGCACCGCAUCAAGAAGGUGAAGAGAGAGUUUCAGUACCAGAAAGUAGUGAGGUUGAAGAAAAAGCACAAGAAGAAAGGAGUCUUGAUCUGACUCCUUUGAAAGAAGAAUCAUGCUUGCCAACGGCGCAAGACGAAGAAGAAACAAAAGAGCAAAUCCACAAGCAUGAAGAAGUCGAAUCUGAUGAAGUUACACAAGUUUCAUCUGCAUCACCUGAAGGUGAGACUGAUGUUGAAGCCAAACAGAAUGAAGAAACAAAAGACAAUGAGGAAGAACAAGUAGCAGACAAGAUCCAAAGCAUUAUUGAGACUGUUGAAACAGUUGAUACCGAGCCUGUAAAAUCCAAUGAAGAUGACAUAGCAGAGAGCUUAAUCUCAGCCGGUGAAGAUAUACAGACAAAAAGCAAGGAUGGAGAGAAUGUACAAACAGAUGAGACUGGUGAAGAGAAAGCUUCAAGAACUCCUGAGACCUCUGUGAAUGAAACAGAAGAUGAGCACAAUGCUACAGUUUCAGAAGAAGGGAUCUCAAAGAUCAGUGAGAUCAUUGUGCCUGAAACAGCUUCAGAAGAAAUUAAAAACUCAGAUGAGGUGACUGGAGACAGAGAAAAGGAAGAAGACAUCAUAACCCUGAAAACAGAAGAGACGCAAGAAAGUCAGAAUCUUUUGUUACAAGAAGAGAACACCGAAUCAGAAUCUUCAAAGGAUACUAUUGAGCAUGCACAUGUGUUGGUAAGGGAUGUGCCACAGAUUGAUACUCUUGUAACUGAGGCAGAGGAUGUAAACACUUCAACUGUCCACAAGUUCGAAAAAGAGGAAAAAGAGACGGUCAUUUCAUCUGAUGAGGUGAGACCUUCUGAUCAAGUUGAUGAUGAUGUUCAGACAGAAGAAUCUGUUGAGGUUAAAUCUAAGGAGACCCAUCAAGUCGAAAGCACUGAAGAGAAGCAUGAGAAUCUUCUUGAUGUACCAUCUGGAGAUUCAGACAAACUUCAACCCGAGACAGUCCUAGUAGCCAAGACAGAAAGCCAGGAUACAACUGAAGAGAUUCCAUCAGAACUUGUGUUGAAAGAGGAGCUUAAGGAUGACAAGACGGAGGUAGAUGGAACUCAAGUUAUGGGAGAACAGAGAGACCUAGAACCGAAUGAGCCAGAGGCAGAGGAAAUUGAUCUAACCAAAACCGAUGAAAAGCUUCUUGUAGAAUCAGUUGAGAAGAUGCAGUCUUCAUCUCUUGAGCGUCCUUCUGAAGAAGAAGAAGUAACACUGCAACAAGAAGGUUCUUCUGCCUAUGGAUUAGAGAUAAAAGAAGAGGAGACACUUUCAGUAACAGAAAGUAAGGAUCAUGGAGAAGAACUAUCAAGCUUGCCAAAAGAAACAUUGUUGCAUCAAGAGCAUAUAGAGGAGUAUGAACCAACAAAUGACCAGCAGAGUCCUGUAUCUGCAUCACCUUCAGAGGAACAUGAAGGUGGUAUCAUUGUUAACGCCGUAAAGCCUGAAGAGAUAAUAGAAAAGGAGGAAGAACAAGUAGAAGAAGAAAUCCAGAGAAGUCUUGAGCCAGAGGAGCAAGAAGGUGAAACUGUUUCCGAGAAGAUAGAAGAUGAAAAAGUCAAGGAGGAAGAACCUAUUGUCCAAAUAUUAAGUGAGGAGGAUGCAAUAAAAAGCCAUGUAACUGAAGCUGAGGCAAAGAAAGGAGAUGAGGAGACCGAAGUGAGCGACACGCAACAAGGUGAGACCAUUGUAGAUGAAGCUGAGGCUGUAGAUACUUCAACAGUCCAAGAAGCUGCAGUAUUAAACACAUUGGAGACAAGGAUCAAUGAAUCAGAGGCAGUGCAUAGCCCAAUAGAAGAAGAAACACAAGUGACAAAAGAAGACACAGAACCAAGACUGGACCUGAAAGAGGAUAAGGAACAAGAGACAGUCAUUUUAUCUGAUGAGAGCCAGGGAAGAGAAGAGUCUGAUGAGGUCAAAUACAAGGAGAAGGAUGCAAAACUUCUUGAGAAGAUGCAGAUGCCAUCCCUUGAAUCUCCUUCUGAACUAUCAGAGGAAACAAGCAAAACUGUUGAUGAGAAGAUCGAAGAAAAACAAGAAGAAGAAGAAGAAGAAGUAACUCUGCAUCAAGAAAGUGAAGAGACAGUAACAGUUCCAGAAAGUAGUGAGCUUGAAGUACAAGCCAAGGAAGAAGAAGAAGAAGAAUCAUGCCCAACAAAUGAGCAAAAAAGUGAAACGAAAGAGCAAAUGAGUGAAGAAGAUAGUACUAGUGCACAUCAGACUCCUGUCGAAGAAAAAUCUGAUCAAGCUUCAGCUGCACCACUUCCACAGGAACGGGAAGCCCAAAAGAUUGACGACAUGAAAGAAAAUGAGGAAGAACAAGUAGCAGAGGCUGUUGAACCUCAUAGUUCAUUUCUAGAAGCUGAGAAGAUAGAAGAAGAAGAAAAAGUGAAGGAGACAGAACCGAUGGGGGAUACGGGAACAGAAUCCUCUAAACUGGUUGAAGAAGAGAAGCUGAAGCAAGACAAAGAGAUACUUCAAGCAGAAGAAGUUCCUUCUAGUGAAACAAUUCCACAAGUGAUGGCGGUUCAACUAAAAACAGAAGAUAAUGCAGCAACAGAAAGCCAUGAGGAAGAAGCAACGGUUGCACAGACAAGAGAUAUUGAAACUUCUUUGACUGAUAAAUUCUCUAUAGAUCAGGAGGAGAAGGAACAAGCCAACGAGGAAACCCCCAGAGAUGAGCAGGAAGGAGAAACACAAAAAAGAGAGCUUGAAGAAGAAAAUAUGGUUGAGGAGAAUGAUAAUGAGACUCUAACUGCAGAGACAAAGAAAGAAGAUGAAGACAAAACAGUGGGUUUAGAUGCUUCAUUGACAUCAGAAAAUGAAUGCACUAAGCAAGAAGAAGAGCUUGAGGAUCUUGAAACCCCAAAGGUAGAGGACAAGAGCGAGGAAGUUUCCGAGACCAUGGAAGAAAUAGAAUCUAAGGGUGAUGAGAGUCCUCCAUCCUUUAUUACAGAACUAGAAGACAAAAUUCCAAACCAAAUUAAGGAGAUUCAUGAAGAAGAAAUAAAGGAAGCUGAAGUUGUGGUUGAUCAAAUUUCAUCCUUAGUUUCAGAACAAGUUGAAGAGAUUAUUCAUGAAGAAGAAGAUGAAGAAACAAAGGAACCACACAAGAUAGAAGCUUUGAGUGGUCAGGAUCUUCCAGUUGAAGCAUCACAUGCACAUCAGACUCCAUCCACUGAACUAGUUUCAGAACUUGAUGAUGAAACUGCAAAGGAGGUUGAGGAGAUUCAUCAAGAAGAAACAAAUGCUCAUAAGUUACAACAAGAAGAAGAAAUCCUCCCUACUGAAAGUGUUCCAAGUGAAUCAUUCAGUGAAACACAAGAGGAACGGCAUGUUUCUGCAGUAACAGGAGAGAGUGUGGGAGAAACAAAACCAAAAGAAUCAGAUGAUCAGAUUGAGACUUCAACUGAAGUCACAAAGGUAGAAGAUGAGGAAGAUACAAAGGAAACUGAUACCCAAGUCGCUGAUACAGUGAAAGGACAAAGCUCAUCACAUGCUCCUGAAGAUGCAUGCCUGGAGCAGGAAGAGUUGAAGGAUCUUGGAACUCCACAACCCGGUGCAAUUAUGGAAGAUCAAGAUUCUGUAAUGAACGAAAAUAGCUCAGAUGAAUUUACUUUCUCAAAGUCAAUAGGAGAGGCAGAGAAGGGAGAUGAAAAUAGCUCAACUCUUCCAGUUGUUGGAAUCUUGAAAGAACUCCAGACUACAUUGGAGGAGAAGGAGAGAGGAACCAAUGUUUCUCAUGAGGGUGACUCAAGUGGGAAUGAUUUGAAUUCAAUCAAUGCAGAACCAGAAACCCUGGAGAAGAGUCUUGUCGUAGAGGAAACUCCAGCCUCUGAGAUAAUAGAAGCAAGCAUGUUACAAGACAGCAUAAGCAGGGAGCUUGAAGUCAAUGUAGAAGAGCAACUACAAGAAGAGACUAGAGAGACUGCAGAGUGCAAGGAAGAAACUCCAGCUGAUUUGUCACUUACACAAGUGUUACCUAGUGAGAAAAUUAUGAUUCCAUCAAAUCAAGAAGAAGGAAAGAAACAAGAAGUCGUAAAUGAUUCACCAUCAGAGAAGAUAAGCCUACAAGAAGAAGCACAUUCCAGAGACUUUGAAGUCUCUGAGAAGGAGCACAACGCAGAGGCUCAAGAAACUGUUAAAGAAGAGAUGAACGAGGUAUUAACAUCAGAGAAGAAAAUCACAGAGCCUCUUCUGAGUGUAGCUGAGAAAGAAUUAACUGAAGAAUAUGUUAAGAAGUCUCAAGCCGUAUCAGAUGAUGAUACAAAGAGCAGUAAUGAGUUGGAUUUUCCUUCUGAACAAAUACCAAAGGAUCUAAGAGAAGAGGCUGAAGAAACGUCAUUUGAAGUCAAGAAGGUACCAGAAGAUAUAAAUGAGGACACUGCUGAUGCUUUGAUCACAAGCGAAAAAGUGCAACUGCACGAUCAGUCCAAGGACUUUGGACAAGAGACACAGUCGACUGUUCUCAAAUAUGUCCAGGAAGAUCUUGAUGAUGAAAUAAAAGAUGAUGGCCAUGAUUCUCUUUUAGCACAUAAGAAAGAUUCAGACUUAAUAGAGGAGAAGAAGGAGGUUGAUUAUGUGAAGACAGAGCCGGAAGAUGCAAUCAAAUCCACAGAAGAGAAGAACAAGAUGCCUGAAAACAUUGGCCAGGAACCAACAAAAGAGAUCUAUCAAGAGGAGUGUAAGCAAACAGAUACUGUAACUGCUAUCAAGGAAGAUAUCAAAGAAGAAGAGAAGGAAACACCAGAGAAUUGUUUAAACAGUAUGAAGAACACCGAUGAUGCGACAGAGAAAACUCAACCAGAGAUUCAAGAGAUUGAGAAACUGUCUUCUGUCAGCGAAACACAAGACAAACCACCAAAGCAAGAAGAUGAAGUUCCAACCCAACAGAAAAGGGAAAUAGCUGAUGAUCUUUCAAAGAUAGAGAAUCCAAAGAUUGAAGAAGAGAAGAAGCAAAAAGAUGGAGAAGAACCAGCUAGGAAGUCACUAUCAGACCUCAUCCAAAAAGUGAAAGUAACAGACAAGACUGAAGUUGCAACAACAGAAGUUCGUAUUGACGAAGAGGCUAAGGCAGAGGGAGAAGAUGAGGAUGGAGAUGAACAUAAAGAUGAUAAAACAAGUCCAGAUUCCAUUGUGAUGGUUGAAGCUAAAGAUACAGUUAACAUCAUCAAAACUCAAAAGAAAUCACAUGGCAUUCUCUCUGGUGUUGGCUCAAAGGUCAAACAUUCAAUUUCAAAGGUGAAGAAAGCACUCACUGGAAAAUCUUCUCACACAACAAAGCCUUCAUCACCACAGUGAGAAAUUCAAAAAAAAAAAAAAAAAUAUAUAUAUAUAUAUAUAUAUAAUGGUUUCUGUAUAUUUUUCGUUUGUUGAUUGAUUUGAUUGGCUUUUGUGAAUAUUACAGAUUUGUUUGUGGGUUGUUCUUUUCAUAACUUUUUUUCCAUAUAAAUUUCAGAAUGAACAGGUAUUAUUACAUUUA